GUCAAAGAGAGAGAGGUGAAAAAUUCUUUGGAUGUUUACUGGAGGAAAAGUGGGUGAAAGCACCCUUAAAAAUUCCAAAACAGAAUUAAAAACACACUAAAUCCACUAGGAAGAAGUCUGCCCUUUUCCGCGAACUUUCCGGCACUUUGCGAUGGCUGCGUGGAAUCCGGCGUGGCAGGCACAGUUUGCCGCUGUGCAGAACAUCAACGAGGCAAUGUACAAUGCCAUGACGCCGGACCAGAAGAUGCAGAUCCAGCAGAAUUGGCAACAGUGGCAAGCGUAUCAGGAGCAAUACGCUCAGUGGCACGCUCAAUAUGGGGAGCAAUACGAGAAGGAGAUGCAGAAGCAGAAGCCGGCGCAGACACAACCGGCGCAGCAAUUGAGAUAUCAUCCGUACAAACAGGUGCAGCAAGUGCAACAGACUCAGCAGCAAGUCAUGAUGGCACAGAUGCAGGCGAGCCAGAGCGCUUAUGCGGGCUAUCAACAGACUGUGGCUUACCAGACGCCAUCUCUGGCGAUGUAUCAGGUUCAGGCGGCUUCCAUUCCGCAGGUUCCGAUGGGAAUGGCACAGCCUCCGCCUCCACCACCGCCGCCAGAGGCUGAGCCGCCUCCCCCGCCGCCGCCGAUGGAGCACAAGCAGCCGCAUGGCCCGCAGCCGCUCAUGGGACAAUCAUUCGGUGGGCAAUUCAGUCAAAAUGUGCAGCAGGAUUGGCUGAAAGGGCCACGACAGCAGUGGAAUGCGAAGAAUCAGAGGCAGAAUCAGGCGCCAGGAGGGAGAAACAAUCCGAACCAGAGGAAUCCCAAUCAGCAGAAUCAAUUCAACCAGGGAAGGAAUCAACAGAAUCAGUUUGGCCAGGGAAAGAAUCAAUUUGCACAAGGGAAGAAUCAGCAAAAUCAAUUUGGUCAGAAGAAUAACAAGCAACAACAGAGUCAAUUUGGUCAAGCGAAGAAUCAGCAGAAUCAAUUCAAGCAGGGAAGAAAUCAGCAGAAUCCACAGAAUCAAUUUGCGACGAAUCAGCGGAAUCCAAGAGGUCCGCCUGGUCUGAUGGACAACUUCCAGCAGAAUCAGCAGAACUUUGGGCAGUUCAAUCAGCGUCAGCAGAAUUUCGGACAGAAUCAGCAGCGGAAUCAGCGCGAUUCGUGGCAGCAAAACAGGCAGAAUUGGAGCAAUCAAGGGAGUCAGCAGCAAAACAGACAGUCUUGGAGUAAUCAGGGCAAUCAGCAGCAGAAGAAACAAUCCUGGAGCGACCAAGGAUACGAUGACUACGAGCAGGAGGAAGAUUACGAGGAGGAAUACUAUGAAGAUCAGUUAAACGUGGCGAAUGCGCAACAAAAGAGCAGCGAUGAUAAGUUUUACGAGGAUAACUUCGAUGAUUGCCCUCAAGGAUCGUCUCAAUUGCCCGAGUCUGCUGACAAGAGUCCGCAGAAGGAGCCAGAAGCUAAGGAACCAGCGAAGGCAGUCGCCAGUGGUUCUCAGGUGGUGGACGAGGACGAAUUGCGCUUCGAUGAGCAGUUCAAGAAGUGGGAAGAGCAGUUCUUCAACUGGAAGCAGCAGAAUGUCAAUCAUCCGGAUCGCCGAGCGUACAGAGAGUAUGAAAUGAAAUUCGAGGAGUGCAGGAAUAAUUUGCUGGAGCGUCGAGAGCAGAUGAGGCGUCGCAAGGCGAAGGAGAAGAUGGAAAAGAUGGAGAAGACGAAGGAUCAAGAGGUGCUGAAGGCGGAUCAGCAGCAGGAAGCUGAGAAGCCACAGGAAUCGACAGAGUCUCAGGAAGCUGAUGAGAUGCAGGAUGUGAGGAAGGAAGAGCCGCAGAGGGAUGAGAAUUUGCAGAAUCUCUUCAAUUCCUCCACGUCAAAGUCAAUUCCUGGAUUGGAUUUCUUGUCGGAAGAGGCGAAAAAUGUGCCGGAAAGUGAUGAGAAAGUGGACGCUGUGGCGAAUAGAGGAGCGGAUUUGGCUGAGAUCUCCAAGAAUAUCACGUCACUGCUUCAGACGUCGAACUUGAUGAACAUUCUGUCGAUGGUGAAGGGAAGUGGCAAGGAAAAUGCGCCGCAAGAUUCGCCCAAUCAGUGUGAUAAUAACAAUGCGAGGCAUCAGGAGAAUGUCGAACAGUGGAAUGACAGUGAAGAUCCUUGGGCUGAAAGGGAGGCGGAGAGAUUUGGUGGCUUCCAGGGUCAAAGGGACUUUGGGCGGCGAUUUAAUGAUGAUCGCGAUCGAGGAUAUCAGGACAAUUUCCAUGGGCAGAACGAGGGUCGAUUUAGAGACAAUUUCAGACAGAAUGAUGCUGGAUUUCGAGGUAAUUUCGGCCAGAAUGAUCGCAGAUUUGCCGAUCAAUAUGGCAUGAAUGAUCGCUUUGGCGAUCGUGGAAGGAUGUUUGAUGAUUAUGCGCAAGGACGAAGGUUUCAGGACUUCGAUCGCGGCAUGAAUCGGCCGGAGGAGGAGAAUUUGAGUCAACAUUCGGGUGGAAAUUGGCGAGAUCGACGCUACGAUUAUGCUGAUCGCAUGAAUGACUUUGAUAACUCGCACAGUUCCUUCUCCAAUCACAACAUCGACGAUUCCACUGACUUCCGGCCGGCGCAGGUGAUUGACUACACAAAUAUGCCCAGAGAAUCUGUCCAGGAGCCGCUGAACAGCCGGAAGGCCUUCGAUGACAUCCUAAUUCCGGCGAAAGUUGUGGAUUAUGGACACAAGAAGACGAGCGAUUCGACGCCUUCGCUGGGCAAUCGAAGGGAGGAUUUUGUGCUCAACAUGACGACAAUCGACUAUGGACACGCGUCGAAGGAUAACAAGGGGAAGAAGGGCAAACCGGAGGUGGCAAAGUUCCACAGAUCGAAGAAGGAUCUCAAGAAGAUCCAGAGAGAAACGAUUAUUGAAGCGGCCAAGAAGAGGCGAAAGCAGCGAGUGGAGAAAUUGACAGAGAUUUUCAGCAGCACCGCUGAAUAUCCUGGCAAAUGGACACUCAUUGGUGAGAGACAACCUUUCCCGGACUUUCCCACCAAGAGAGGCGCCCGGAAGACGCGCAGCGGUAAGAAACAGUUGCCGAAAGAGCAGCGACGAGAGUUGGCGAAGAAAGCGGCGGAAAUGAAUAAGCUGGAGAAUGCUUAUGAGGGCAUUUCGGAUGAUGAAGAUGACGAUGAGUUGGAGAUGCAGAAAGAUGAAAUGGAAAUUAUUGACUUGGAUGACGAAUCUCUGCCAGAUGUUGAUGAAGUGCAAGGAGUGCAAGGAGUGCAAGAAGUGAAGCAAGAGGAUGAAAUGAGUGAUGCAUCGCUUCCGGAUGCGGGAGAAUUUGAUUUUCCGGAUGCUGAGCAAUUCCUGAGGGAGCAAGAAUUGAAGAGAAAGGCGAAAGAAAGUGCGGCAAAAGAGGAGAAAUUGCCUGUUGAGGAGAAGACGCCAUUUGUGGUGGCAAUUAAGGAGAUUCUAGAACAGCCACAUCGAAAAGUGCGACCGAAGAGGAUCUGUGUUAUCUUCCGAGGACCGCCGGGCAGUGGCAAGACGUACUUUGCCAAGCUGAUUAAGGACAGAGAAGUGGAAUUUGGUGGUUCAGCGCCGAGAAUUCUCAGUAUUGAUGAUUAUUACAUGACUGAAGUGGAUGAAAAGAUGUUGUGUCCGGAGACAAAUAAGCCAAUUGAGGUGAAGAAGCUGAUUUACACCUUCGAAGAGGGUGUUGAGGAGCAAUAUAUGCAGUAUUUGCUUAAAUCCUAUCGCAAGACGAUAACAGAUGGCUAUUUUGACUUCAUCAUUGUCGAUUGUGUCAAUAAGGAUCUUGGGAAGUAUCAGGAUUUUGUCAAUUUUGGGAAAGUCAAUGGAUUCACGGUUUUCACUUGCGAGAUGAUCUUGGACGCGGAGACGUGUUUCCAGAGGAAUACUCAUGGCAGGAAGAGGGCGGAGAUUGAGGAGAUUCUGGACAAAUGGCCUUCGCUGCCGGCGGAUGUGGUGAGAAUCAGUCAGAAAUCACUGGAGGUUCUUCAUCAGGAGGCUGAAGAGCGACGAAUGCAGACUGAACAAGUGACAGAAGAGCAAUUUUCCGUGAGUUCAGAAUGGAAUGAAGAUGAAGAUGAGGAGGAAGAAGAGACUGAAAAGGAUGAAAAUGACACAAUUGAUGAGGCAUCAGAGUUUGGAUUGUUGAAGAGUAAAUGGGAUUCGGAUCGCACAGAAGAACAGCUAGCGCGUCUGGAUGGCACGAGCAAACCGCUGAGGCACACGACGAUGGAGGAUUUCCUGCAGGACGCGGACGAUCUGAUGGUGUUUGAUAAAGACUCAAAACCAGGCCAAAAGAGGGUGCGCUGGGCGGACAUUGAGGAGCGCCGGGCGCAGGAGAAGAUGCGCGCCAUUGGCUUCGUGGUGGGCCAGACGGACUGGAGUCGCAUGAUGGAUCCGACGCAGGGCAGCUCGGCGCUCACGCAGACAAAGUACAUCGAGCGCCAUCCCAAGUAGAUCUUCUUCUUCUUCAGCAACAACAACAAAUUGCACGGCAUCGAUUGGCCGCGCUGUGCGAGGCAUUGAAAAAAAAACAGAAAUUACACUUUUAUUGCAAAACA